AUGGACGAAACAUCGUUGGAAAAUUCGACAUUUGUCAAGGACAUUAGACACAUGUUGAAUUGGAGAGAGGACGUGCGCUUCCACGACCCCCGCGACGGACGCUUCGUCGCGAAAAUUGUUUCAAUUUUCAUCAUGAGCAAAGGUCUCAAGAGAAGCUUCGACUACCGCAUCGCGAAGCCGGCUUUGGAGCUGGCGGUCAGCGACGUGAGCGAGAAAUACAAGAACAUCAGAUUUCAAAUCACCCACCGUCGGGGUUACGUGUCAUGUCAGGCCAACCACGCGGGGAAUAUGGCAGCUGAAGAGUAUCACGGAAACGACGGGGCUACGGCUUUCAUCGGACCCGGCUGCUCGGCCGCCGUCGAUAUCGUGGGUCGCCUUGCGUCCUUUUGGAACAUUCCGGUUUGCACGGCAGCUGGAGUGAACGCUCAGUUCGAGGACCGGACGGUUUACUCGACUCUGCUCAGGCUCGCCUUGACCAUAAACACCUUGGGGGACGCUAUUACCCACGUGAUCAAGUUCUUCAAUUGGCACCAUGUCGUGAUUUUAAGCGAUUCGUCGCAAACGUUCUUCAGACAGCUCCACAAAGCUCUCAAUCCGAUAAUGAGCAACUUUCAAAGAGAUGGAUACAAUCUGACAAGAUUUACCCGCGAGUUCGAGUCCAAGAAACAGCCGGACUACACGAACCUCUUGCUCGAAGGACGAGCCCAUGGUCGAGUGUUCCUCCUCGGAGUGGACGGCAUCGUUCUGCGACAAAUAAUGCUGAGAGCGUUCGAUCUCGGCAUGGGAAACGGUGAAUACGCCUUCAUCGCGGCCAAGCCCUACAAGAACGUGAGGUACUUCGGUGAUUUCGCUUGGAACGUCCCGGGCGACAGUAGAAACGAGGACGCGAGGAAGAUGUAUGAGCAGCUUCUAGUCAUCUCAUUGAACAUUUCUCCGAGCGCUGAGUAUGUCAACUUCGUUGAUAAAGUCGUGCUCAAGAGUCAAGCCGAGCAAGACGCCAGUAUUGAUAAAUCGAUCAUCAACGUCCUACUGGCGGGCUUUUAUGAUUGCGUGCAGCUCUAUGCAUGGGCCGUGAACAGAACCUUGACUGAGCGAAAAGAUCCUCUUGACGGGAGACACCUUAUCAAUGAAAUUCUCAACUCGACUCGAAAAGGGCUCACUGGAAUGCUUCAUUUCAAUAAAAACGGUGAUCGAAUGGCGGAGUACGCAAUCAACGACCUCAAUCCCGACACGGGAGAGAUGGAGAUGGUUGCCGUCUACAGUCCGUCGGACAAAACCGUGAGCAUUUUAGAAAACGCCUCAUUCUCCUGGAUAUCGGGCUUCGCGCCCCUGGACGUUCCUCCAUGCGGAUUCCUCGGCGAAUCUAACUCGUGUCGCAAGAUCGAGUCCUCAACGUUUCUCAUCAUUACCACAGUGGUCACGUUAGCGGGCUUCCUGGCAGCCGCAGUUAUUGCUUUCAUAUUCUACAGAAAAAUGAAGUUGGAGACGCAACUGGCUAAUCUCUGGUGGCACAUAAAAUGGGAUGAAAUCUGUUAUCCGGACAAACAGCGGAAAUCUGCAACCUCGAUAUCUGUCAACGGGGAAACGGAACAGAAACCCUCACCACGAUUUGGUGCCGGUUUAUCAGUGGAGAACAGUCUGGCCAUCGGACGGUUCGGUAAUGUGAAUAUCGGGAUCUACAAAGGCAUGAGGGUGGCUGUGAGGAUCAUGCGCAUUUCGAAAUUCACAACAACCCGCUCAGUUCUUCUCGAGCUGAAACAGAUGCGCGAUCUGACACACGAAAACCUCAUCCGACUGAUAGGAUUAACAGCGGAAGAUCCUCAAGUAGGAGUCGUCAUGGAGUUUUCUCCACGUGGAAGCUUAAGGGAUCUCCUAGAAAAUGAAUCACUCCGUCUGGAUUGGACAUUCCGAUACUCCAUCAUCAAUGAUAUCGUUGAGGGAAUGUGGUUCCUCCAUUCGAGCUUUAUUGGAUGGCACGGUAGACUUCGUUCGACAACCUGUCUCAUAGACGCACGAUUCGUGGUAAAAAUCUCCAACUUUGGACUCCGAGAGCUCCGGAGACAGGUCGCCCUUCCAGAGAUAGAAGACCCUCGGGACUUGCUCUGGUGUGCACCCGAGCACCUUCGGGACGAACUGCCUCUCAGACGAGGCUCUCAAAAAGGCGACGUAUACAGUUUUGCCAUCAUAAUGCAAGAGAUCAUAACGCGAUCGGGACCAUUCGAGAACCUCGAGAAGUAUUCACGGCAUUUCCUGCCCCCGGAAGAGAUUCUCUUCCGCGUCAAGCUCGGUUCCAAUCCUCCCUUCCGUCCAGAUGUCACACCGGAGGAUUGCCCGAAGGAGCUGCUCUCCUUAAUGAAACUCUGCUGGAACGAGAGUCCAGCUCUUCGACCAUCAUUCAGUAUCGUCAAGCAGCUCAUGAAAAAAUACACCAAAUCAAUGGGCAGCAGCAACUUGCUCGAUAAUCUCCUGAAGCGAAUGGAACAAUACGCCAAUAAUUUAGAACAACUCGUUGAAGAUAAAACCGCGUUGCUGGUCGAGGAGAAGCGGAAGAGCGACGAACUGCUCUACGAGGUUUUGCCAAGGUACGUGGCUGAACAACUGAAGCGAGGAGAGUACGUCAAGCCCGAAGCAUUUGAAAAGGUCACUAUAUGCUUCAGCGAUAUUGUAGGAUUCACCCAAAUCUGUGCCAACUCCACGCCGAUGCAGGUCGUGGACCUUCUGAACGACCUUUACUCGUGCUUCGACGCCAUCAUUCAGAACUAUGACGUGUUCAAAGUAGAGACUAUAGGGGACGCUUACAUGGUUGUAAGUGGAUUGCCCGUCCGCAAUGGGAAUGAACACGCCAGGGAAAUCGCCCGAAUGACGUUGAGUCUCCUGAAAGCCAUCACGCAGUUCAGGGUACGACACCAUCCAACGAAGAAAUUGCAGCUUCGCAUAGGCAUGCACUCAGGCCCCUGUGCAGCUGCCGUUGUGGGCUUGAAACGUCCGCGGUAUUGCUUGUUCGGAGAUUCAGUGAAUACCGCGUCUCGCAUGGAGAGCUAUGGGGAAGCCAUGAAGAUACAUAUCACCGGCGACACCAAGCGAAUACUCGACACGUUCAACACUUUCAAGACCACAUCUAGGGGCGAGAUUCAAGUCAAGGGCAAGGGCACGAUGGUGACGUACUUUCUCGAAGCAGAGGAUCCCCCGUUUUCACCCGAAAUCGGCUUGCAGGGUACAUUCUUCACAAAUGAACAUCUCCUGAAGAACAUCUAA